UAAAAAUGGUGACAGACGUGCAGCUGGCCAUCUUUGCCAACAUGCUUGGCGUGUCAUUAUUCCUCCUUGUUGUGUUGUACCACUACGUCGCCGUUAAUAACCCUAAAAAGCUGGAGUAAAGUACCCCCAGAAUGACUGGAGAGGUGAGAUGGCAAUCCCCGCCGCCACCCUGGAAACAACAUUCCUCCCCCUCUUGCUUUGUUAAAAUUGCACAGUAGUGUUUUUUUUUCUAAUAAAAUAUGUGGAUUCAA